AUAUUCCACAUGCGGAGGUUGUACAGAUUAUUCCUUAUCCUCUUUCACCUGUUCAUAUUGUACAAAUGCUCCAGAGCUAGAUGGUUUCCCAAAACCUUGCCUUGUAACGUCACUCAGAACAUUAUGGAAGCCAGCGUGAUGGUAAAUUGCACAGAAAAACAUCUCACAGAAAUCCCAAAUGGAAUACCUUACAAUACAACCAACCUGACCCUCACCAUUAAUCACAUCCCAAAAAUUUCCCCAAACUCCUUUGCUGGUCUGAAAAAUCUGGUAGAAAUUGAUUUCCGAUGCAAUUGUGUUCCUGUCCUACUAGGACCAAAAGAUCACAUCUGCACCAAGAGGCUAAAUAUAGACUCUGGCAGCUUUAGAAAUCUCACUAAUUUGAAGUCACUGUACCUGGAUGCAAAUCAACUCUCUGAAAUACCUUUGGACCUUCCUUCAAAUUUGCAGUUGCUGAGUCUUGAAGCAAACCACAUUUUUUCCAUCACCAGAGAGAAUCUUACUGACUUAGUCAACCUAGAAAUACUCUACCUGGGCCAAAAUUGUUAUUUCCGUAAUCCUUGCAAUGUUUCUUUUUCUAUAGAAAAAGAUGCCUUCCGGAGCUUGAGGAAUUUAACAUUAUUAUCUCUAAAGGCUGACAAUUUAACUACUGUUCCUACUGUUUUGCCUUCCAGUUUAACAGAGCUCUACCUUUAUAAUAAUAAUAUCCAAAGUAUUGAAAAGGAUGAUUUUCAAAACCUCUACCAAUUACAAAUUCUUGACUUAAGUGGAAAUUGCCCUCGUUGUUUCAAUGCCCCAUUUCCUUGUAUCCCUUGUCCAAAUAAUAGUCCAUUAGUGAUCCAUCGAAGUGCUUUUGAUUCCUUAACUGAAUUAAAAAUUUUGCGUCUCCAUAGCAAUUCACUCAAACAUAUACCUAAGAGUUGGUUUAAAAACACUAAAAAACUUGAAAAACUUGAUCUUUCCCAAAAUUUUCUGGCCCAAGAAAUUGGAGAAGCCAAGUUUUUGAAUUUUCUUGUCAAUCUUAUAGACCUGGAUUUGUCUUUCAAUUACGAACCACAGGUCUACCGUGCUCAUUUAAACUUGUCAAAAACAUUUGCUUCAUUGAAAAAUCUGAAAAUCUUACGGCUCAAAGGGUACGUCUUUAAGGAAUUACAAAGCACCAAUCUCUUGUACAUACAGAAUCUUCCACAGCUUGAAGUGUUAGAUCUUGGUACUAACUUCAUCAAAAUUGCUGAGCUGAGUGUGUUCAAAAACUUCCCAGCCCUUAAGAACAUUGAUCUUUCUGUUAAUAAAAUAUCUCCUUCUGGAGAAUCAAGUCAAAAUGGAUUUUGUUCAAUGGCCAGGACUUCUACAGAGUUUCAUGCUUCAUUUGGAAGCAUACAUUAUUUUAGAUAUGAUGAGUUUGCCCGAAGAUGCAAAUUUAAAAGCAAAGAGACGCCUUCUUUCCCACUGGUCAAAGAUGACUGUGAAUCAUAUGGAGAAACCUUGGAUUUAAGCAGAAAUAAUCUAUUUUUUGUUAAAUCCAGUGAUUUUGAGGAUCUUUCCUUUCUGAAGUGCCUGAAUCUGUCAGGAAAUAGCAUUAGCCAGACUCUCAAUGGCAGCGAAUUCCAACCUUUAGCAAAAUUGAAAUACCUAGAUUUCUCUAACAACAAACUUGAUUUGCUUCACUCGACAGCUUUUCAGGAGUUACAGGAACUAGAAAUUCUAGAUAUUAGUGGUAAUAGUCACUACUUUCAGUCAGAAGGGAUCACUCACAUGCUCAAUUUCACCAAGAACCUCCAAGUUUUGAAGAAAUUGAUGAUGAAUAGGAAUGAUAUCUCUACCUCCACUAGCACAGAAAUGGAAAGCAAAUCUCUAAAGAUUUUGGAGUUCCGAGGAAACCACUUGGAUGUUUUGUGGAGAGAUGGUGAUAACCGAUAUUUGGGGUUCUUCAGGAAUCUGAUCCAGCUGGAAGUGUUGGAUAUUUCUGAAAAUUCCCUCAGUUUUUUGCCCACUGGAGUUUUUGAGGGUAUGCCUCCAAAUCUAAGGACUCUCUUGUUGUCUAAAAAUCAAAUUAAGUCUUUCACCUGGAGGGAGCUCAACUAUCUUCAGAACCUAGAAACUCUGGAUCUCAGUCGCAACAAACUGACCAGUGUUCCUGAAGUAUUAUCCAAUUGUUCCAAAAGUCUCAAGAAACUGAUACUCAGUCAUAACCAAAUCCAUAAGCUGACAAAGAAUUUUCUCAAAGAUGCUUUUCAGUUGAGAUAUCUAGACCUCAGUUCAAACAAACUUCAGGUCAUUCAGAAGUCCAGCUUCCCAGAAAACGUCCUUAACCAGCUUGACAUGCUGCUUUUACAUGGCAAUCAUUUUUUUUGUAACUGUGAUGCUGUAUGGUUGGUGUGGUGGAUUAACCAAACUGAGGUAACUAUUCCUUAUCUGGCCACUGAAGUAACCUGUGCAGGACCAGGAGUACACAAAGGCCAGAGCUUGAUUACACUCAAUUUAUAUACCUGUGAGUUAGAUUUAAUUAAUUCGAUUCUGUACACAGCCUCCAUGUUCAUCAUUCUCUGCCUACUGGUUAUUCCAGUUGCAAACCAUCUCUAUUUCUGGGAUAUGUGGUACAGCUAUCACUUCUGUAAAGCCAAAUUAAAGGGGUAUCAACGUCUUGUUUCCCCACAGCUCUGCUAUGAUGCUUUUAUUGUCUAUGAUACCAGUGAUCCAAAGGUGGUGGAAUGGGUUUUCAAAGAGCUGGUGGAAAACAUUGAAAGCCAAGGAGAUAAACAAUUCAAUUUGUGUCUUGAAGAACGAGACUGGAUACCAGGAAAACCAGUUUUGGAAAACCUUUCCCACAGUAUACAAUUAAGCAGAAAAACAAUAUUUGUGAUGACAAAUGCCUAUGUCAAGUCAGGGAAUUUUAAGACCGCAUUUUACUUGUCACAUCAAAGGCUCAUGGAUGAAAAAGUUGAUGUAAUUAUUCUGAUAUUUCUUGAAAAAGCUCUUCAGAGAUCUAAGUAUCUCCAACUCAGAAAAAGAUUGUGCAAGAGCUCUGUCCUCGAGUGGCCCACCAACCCACAGGCUCAUCCCUAUUUCUGGCAAUGUCUAAAAAAUGCCAUAGCUACAGACAAUGACACAGUCUACAGUAAAGUGUUUAAAGAGACUCUCUAG